ACAGGUAAAAGGCGGUAACUAUGACGGAGCUCCCUACAAUGUGUGGCAUAAAGAGAGUUGAUCCAACGAACAGCAGAAGCAACAAUGCAACUAUUGAUAUCAGCGAUGAAUUUGAGAGGCCACAUGUACUAAUCGCAGAUGAAUCGUGCCAUGACAAUACUGUAAUCAGAGAAUGGUCAGAAGUGUAUGCAGGAGACAGAAUAGGUAACAAUCUAUCUUGGAAACGCCGAAUAGAGAAAGUUCCUUCACUGAUGCGAAGGGCACACAAAGGAGACAAUCAAGAGUAUGAUCCUAGGGUGGUUUCUUUGGGUCCUUACCACCAUGGCAAACAGGAGCUUCAAUUAGCAGAGAACCAAAAACAUUCCAUUCUGCACAAGUUUAUUUCAGAUAGUGGGAAACAGUUUGAUGAUUUCUACAAUAAGGUUCUGGAAGUGAUCGAUUAUGUUAGAAGCUGCUACAUUGAAGGUUCCACCUGUGACUACAAUGACCAGGAAUUUGCUGAAAUGAUGCUUCUUGACGGUUGUUUUCUUCUAUACUACAUAGAAUGCAUGUCAAAUCGACGAUUGGAAAUUUGGGAAUUUGUGCAUCAUAUGGGCAUGUUUGCCGCGAAGUAUAUAUUGUCAGACUUGUUUUUGCUUGAGAACCAACUCCCACUGCAAUUACUCGAGGCUUUGAUGAGCGAAAGAUUCAAAGAAGAUGAGAGGGGAGGAAUGAUAGAAAAUUUCUUUGCAGUAAUGUUUGCAAAAGCCCCACCCCCACGAAGUAAGCAUAGCAUUUCACGGAGGGAAGAUGAAAAGCAGCCUCUUCAUCUUCUUGAAGCUCUGCGCACAAUUCUCCUCUCCAACUACGAUGAAGAUAAGCAAAGGAUUCAAUCUUCUUUGUUCCCAAGUGGAAGAAAGGAACUUCCUAUUUGUGAUGUGAAGGAGUAUAUUCGGUCAUCUAUUCGACCUGUCACAGAACUCCAAGCAAAAGGAAUUCAAUUUAAGCGUAGCAAUAGUGUAAGUUUGAAGGACAUCAAGUUCAAUUCGAAAUGCUUUUAUGGACAGCUUAGUCUCCCUUCUCGGAUCAUUAAUGCUCAGACCAAGACUAUUUAUUCGAACCUGGUUGCUUAUGAAAUGUGCCCGAGUACUCCUAAUGAUUGUGGGAUCACUUCAUACAUUAGUUUCAUGAAAUCACUCAUUUGUCAACCUGAGGACGUGAGAGAGUUAAGAUCAAAGAACAUUCUUAUCAAUUGCCUGGGUAAUGAUGAAGAUGUGGUUAAAAUGUUCAAAGAUAUCAUCACUUACGAUCUGCAGAAGUUUGGCAUCUAUGACCGGGUUAGGAAGGACAUUCAGAACCACUACAACAACAAGAUGAAGACAUGGAUGGCUGAAUUGAUUUACAGACAUUUUAGUAACCCAUGGACUGUCGUUGCUUUCAUCGCAGCAACUUCUCUUCUGAUCUUGAGUUUCCUGCAGACCUACUUCACAAUCUCCCCAACUCACCAUUGACUCAAGUACCAGACACAUCAGAUCAAUAAGUUAAUUAUAGUGAUUUGGACUGUACUUGAACUCCAUUUUGUGGUUUUUAGGAUUUGUUAGAUAGCUAGAACUAGAAAGCUUAAUUCUCAGAGGAUCUUGUGAUGAUCAAGGUUCUUGAAAGGGUUGUGACUUGUGCACUUGAAGUAAAAUUCUCUACUUUUAGUUUAAGUUCCCAACUUGUCAUCCUUCACAAUUAUCAUAUAUAUGCUUUAUAUGAUUUGUGUAACAUUUUACCCAUGGUUGUAAUAUAAACGCGAAAACAUAAUGUAUUAUUCUAAUAUUUGAUUCAAAUUUGACACAACACGUGAAAACUUUUGUUUUUUGUUUUUAUGUAGAUCGGUAUGUACAGUCAUAAAGGGUUGUUAAGUUAUGAAGUAAGUAAGAAUUGUUUGGAAAG